AUGCCCGUCCUGCGAACCACUCUUGCCGUUGCUGGCUGGGGCGGUCUAGCUGGUGUAGCAGGAUGGAUCGCAUUGACACGGGACUGCACAAUGAAACCUGUCCCUCCUUCCGACUAUCUGUUCAACCAUACACUAUAUGCCCGGUACAAUCCCAACAAUGCGCCAGUAACGGAAGACAUCUGCAUACGACAAGUGCCACUGAACAAGAUAAAGCCAGAGUUAUUAGAAGGGAAGGAUGACGGGAGGCUGGUGGAGGCUUUCUGUCAAGGUGUAUGGGGUGGAAUCGGCUUCGCAUAUCAACGUCAAUUCCUCGAGCGCAAAUACCGCGGUGCAGAUACCGCAUCACAACUCUGGGACCGUAAGGAGCUCAAGACCAGCAGAUACCCGGUCGGCACGCAGAUCACGGAUCACUUCGAGGUUGUCUCGAAGACGCCGACGAGUAUAAUCGUGCGCGCCGGCGACACACCUAGGAGACUUGAGGUCCGGGAAAGCGAUGGACUAUUUGAGAUGCUUGCGGAAGUCAAGGAGAAGGAGGGCGUGGCAGAGUUCGGGCUGAAGAGCGUGUUCUACAAUGGUCUUGCAGCACCAGACAAGGAAGGCAAGCCGCCUGGCCCGCCCAUGAGCCCAUGGAUCCAAUGGUUACAUGCGCAGUAUGACAAGUUGCUCAUGGAGACAGCGCUGAGAGGGAACGUUAUGAAGUGA